AUGGUGGACGCCAACGCGUCGGCCUGGGCCACCCAGAUACCAGGGAGCGACUUUAGCCAAAUGUCUGCAUCAGGUCCAAACAACGACACGAGGCAGAGCCAGGAGCCUUCUGCUGUCGAUAACCUACUGGCAGGAAUGCAUACCAUACCAGAUAAUACAAACAGCCAGGAUAACGGAUCGUCGGUUGUCCAUGAACUCAUGGCAGGGCUGCGUGAGUUUCAAUCACGGCCUCCCGAUGCUUUCGAAGGUCCUGGCCUGCAAUCAGCACUACAGCACUUAGAGCAAAUGGGCCAGCCAGAUCCUGUAUUAUCAACCAUCUCCCCAUCGGAACUGAUGGGAUCUACCAACCCAGAUAUGGCUCAGACUUCAUUACUGUCAAUACCUGGUCAAGACCCUCUCACAUUACCUGUGCUCGGAUCCUUAAAUACCCUCGAGUCAUCAGAAUCAGAUGAGGACCCAAAUGAAGAAGAUGAAGAAGAUGAAGAAGAGGAUAACAACGAAUAUCUGGUCACCUUGUCACUGGCUGCCAACAUGCGCCCCGCGUAUUUGAGGAAGAUUGCCAGCGAGAAAGAUGCUAUCACUGAGCUGAUGACAGCUAUGUCGCAUGCAAGGGAACCCGAUGCGGCAGCUGUUGAUGCAUGCAGAAAGGUCUUGGCUGGGCUCUUGGAUGUAUGCGACUUGCCUAGCUUCGACGGUGGUGUGGGCGAUCUUUCGGGGGAGGCUAUGACGAGGCACGCAACCGGCACGAACAGCAAGAUGCUGUUUGUUUAUGAAUUACUGCAUGCGCUUCGGGAUGCGCCAUUACAGGUCUUGAUUCUUGUUAGACCUGGUCGCGCAUACGACUAUUUGGAGGCCAUCCUCAAGAAUGACGGAUUCAAAUUUCGUCGAGCGGAGAACUCGCAAUCGCAGAACGAAGAUGCUGGUCCACUUAGUGUUAUUCUUGCGUCAACAGAACAAAGCCCGGCCUUGCACCCCUCUUUCGCUAAUGUCGUCAUUGGAUAUGAUGAAGCCUCCAGAUCGAGUGGGCUUUUGACACCAUAUAUUGUCUCGAGUAGUGAGAGGAGACCGAUGGUGUUGACACUGGUGGCGAGCUAUACAGUUGAACACCUCGACGUGGUGAUGACCCGGAAAAUGGAGUCGAUUGAAAGGCUAAAUGCUCUAUUUCUGAGCACCUUGCAAAUAUGGAGCAAUCUCAUAAACCCCCCUUUCCUCGGUCCACGGGGGCACCCGCACGAAAUCGCGCAGAACUUUGCCUCUCUUAUCCAGGAUCCAAGCUAUAACUGGGCAUGGCGGCCGGAAAUAAUACCUGAAUCGGCUCUUGAUGUCUUCGAAAGCUCACAGGCCGACCAGCUUGCUAACAUCGCUAGGAUUUCGAGCAGUCUUGAGCAACCGAUUGAGCCAUCACGGUCGGCGAGUCGCAAACGCGAAUUGGAGGAUGGUGAUGAUCGAAGAGACGGCGCCAAACGCGCCAGGGGUAUCUCGGGCUCUUUGCUAGAAGACUCUCGCCGGCGACCGCAAUUUAGCGAAGAAGUCGAGUCGGUUCUGUCGCAACUGCCCAUAUCAAAUGGACCCGUAGCCGAGAUCAGCGUGGCUCACAUCGAAGCUAUAGUCAGGGAGAACGAGGCUUUGAAGGAGAAGUUGAGAGAAAAGGCAAAAAUUUCAUCCGCGCUUGCCAACAGGCUGGACGCACUGAACAAGGAACACCAGGGCUACAUCAGGACGUUCAACGUGUUCCAGAAAAGGUACAUGGAAGCAGUUGGUGAUCGUGGCAAGUUUGAAAAGGACCGAGACGUGGCCUUUUCCCAGGUGGAAAAGAUAAAAUCAGAAGCAGCGGCAGCUAAGAGCACAAUUGAGGCUUUGAAAGAGGAGAACUCAGGUCUCAGGGAUCAGCUACACGAAGCGACUACGGCGCUGGCCAAGUCGGAGGUGCCGGAUCUCGCCAAGCUCGGGCAACUGCAGCAGAAGCUCCAAGAAGCCGAGACGAUACUGGUUGGGCUGGAAAAGAAGCUCACAGUGCAGGACAAGGACCUCGAGCAUGCGCGCAAUGCAUACCAAGAGGCCAGCAGCCGAGCGGCGGAGCUUGGAAACGAAAACCGCGCGCUCGCGGCCGACAAGGCGGUGCUCACGCAAAAGGCCAGCGAGAACCGCGUCAGAAUACACGAGAUACAGACGAGCAACGAGCGGAUCGAUUUCGACUUCGUCAGGCGCCAGGCCGAGGCGACGUUGGCCGAACGUGAGCGCGAGCUGGAGAAGCUGCGGGACGAGCUUCGAACGCUCAAGGGCAGACGCGAGACUAGGGGUCAGAGCGUACCCCGUAGCCCCCGGCUGGGCGUCAUGAGCCCGCGCGGCAACGGCAACGGCGGGGCUGCCGGUGCCCGUAGCAGGGGGACGAGCCCCAUCCCGGCCAUGUUUGGGGACAUCGGGAUGAUGAGUGGGUUCCAGGGGAAUCCGCGGAUUGAUCAGAUACGGCGUGGUUGA